AUGACAGAGCCCACUGCCAGUACCACCAACGAUGACGAGAAGAAGAACGACAAGAACGCUGUAGAGAACAGCGAGGAAGAAGAUGAUGAAGACUACAAUCCAGAGCAGGAAAAGGAAGAGGAGGACGGCGACGAAGAACCCAUGAUGGCAGAAGUGGUCGAAGAAGAGACGACUCUGUUGGCACCGGCGCAAAAACGGGCUGUCGAUCAAGCCUUUCAAGACCUUUUUGGAUACGCAUGGGGCACCAGUUUUCAACUUCCACGGCGCAGAGGGAAAAUGGACCAAAAGACCCAGCUCUUGGUCCAAGCCUUGGGACCCAUGCGAGCGGCUCGCAUUCUGCAAACGGGAGCGUCGAUUCGCCCCAGUAAUAAUAAGCGACGGAGACCUGCCGCUCUUCAACAACAACAACAACCAAAAUGGACGGCAUCCACAACUAGUAGCACUGCCUCUCAACAGCAACAACAACAAUCCACUCAAUACGAGACCAAACUGUUUGCGGGCCAAAAGAUCCAAGUGGCCGUCCAACCAGGAGGACAGACCACUACUGUUACCAAAAAGCCAUCCGGUGGCAUUGAUUCCGUCUUGCAACAAAUUGCCGGACAUUCCAAAAUAUCCACCGUGGCCAAAACAUCCGCCGAUUGGGACUCGUUCAAGACCGAAACGGGGCUCGAGGCAGAGCUAGAGAAAAAGGCCCAAGGAAAAGACGCCUUUCUCGUCAAACAAGACUUUCUCGGUCGCGUCGACGGUCGCAAAUUUGAAUUGGAAAAGGAAGAACGAGAUCGGGAAAGGAGUAAGCGGGGAACUUGA